AAGUCAUCUACUUGUUUCUUCCUGUGGCUGCCAUCAUGGCGGCUGAUGCAGAUGAGGCUGAUUAUUUUGUGAGAGAAAUUGAGAAAAACGACGGCUGUACCCUGAAGGUGAAGCAGUGCUACCUAGGAGACGUCGGCUGUGUUGUUUGGGAUGCGGCUAUCGUGCUGGCUAAAUAUUUAGAGACCAAACAGUUUAAUGAUCCGUCCUCAGGAGUGAGCGCGUGGACUGGCAGGAGAGUUGUUGAGUUGGGAGCUGGGACAGGAGUCGUUGGUCUGAUGGCUGCAACACUGGGAGCUGCAGUUACUGUGACAGACCUGGAGGAUUUGCAGACCUUGCUCAGGGUGAACAUCCAGGAAAACCAGGCACUCAUCAGUAGUGGAUCAGUUACUGCAAAGGUACUGAAAUGGGGUGAAGAUGUGUCUGACUUCCAGCCUCCCCCACAUUAUGUUCUUAUGGCAGAUUGCAUCUAUUAUGAGCAGUCUAUAGUUCCACUGGUGGAGAGCUUGAAGCUGCUCUCUGGACCAGAAACCUGCAUUAUUUGUUGCUAUGAGCAGCGCACGGAGGGCGUCAACCCAAAAGUGGAAAGGCAGUUUUUUGAGUUGCUACAACAAAACUUCAACUGUGAGGAGAUCCCUUCAGACAAGCAAGACCCAGAGUUUAGUAGUCCAGACAUCCACAUCCUGCACAUCCGGAGAAAAGUCUGAGUUUGUAAGGUGAUAUUAGUGCGUACAGUAAUCAGUGUACCCCCCUUUUUACCACAUGGAAUCAGUCUGUAUAAUAUUCAAUGUAUCUUCAUUUCUGCACUAUUUUUUAACAUUUUUGUAUAAGAAAAAAUAGGUUCUAAUACAGCACUGUUCUGAUAUAGUGAUUGGAGUAAACAAAAUGAAAAGUGAAA